ACCCAAAUUUUGUAUUCAUUUUUCUUUCAGCAUCAAAAGAUGGAAAAUCUGACAAUGGUGAUUUCAAAUACUUCUACACAACUUUUCCAGACUUUAGAAGAAAUCAAUGCGUCAAAAGCGGAACAACGACUCCCCACCGUUAUUUUCCUAACCAUUCUAAUUAUCAUUGGAGUAAUUGGAAACACGGUGGUCAUUAUUGUGUAUUCCCUAAAGUAUCCACCGUCCACAUUUCGACUGUACAUCCUGACCCUAGCGGUCAUUGACCUUCUCUCCUGUAUUUUCGCCAUGCCCGUUGAAGUUGUGGACAACGCCUACCCGGUUAUGUUUUAUAGUGAAGCUUUCUGCAAAUGUGGUCGUUUCUUUGGGAAUGUAUUUAAGAUUGGAUCAGCUUUUGUUCUUGUUGUGAUGGCAGCGGGUAGAUACAAAAAGAUUUGUCACCCGUUUUCUACCGCCACCACUUUAAUUCAGGCUCGUCUGUGCUGCGCGGCCGCCAUCCUUCUGGCCAUUGCCUUUUCGUGGCCAAAUGCAAUCAUACAAGGGAUUAAACAAGUGUAUUUUCCUGGGAAUGUUACUGGUUUUGACUGUUCUAUUGAUGAUAAUAUUAGAGACACAAAAUAUCCAUUCAUUUAUUCUACUAUUCUCUUCGUUUUGUACGCGUUAGUAUUUUUGUUGCUAACUGUGCUAUAUACUCUUGUGAUUUUGUCACUUCGUAAACAUACUAGAAAGCAAUCGACAAAAAAUAUGAAUGAAAGACUGAACAAAACGAACCCAAGAAUUACAAAACUUAUGAUUGCAAUUACGGUGGCUUUUAUUGUGUGCUAUCUUCCAAACUGUAUUUUGGAUGCUAUCUCUACAUUCAAAAGAGGUAACAUUUUCCCGCCAAGCCCCAUUGUUUUGGGAACUCUACCGCUUUUAGCCAGAGCAUUCUUCAUUAACAAUAUCAUCAACCCUUUCAUAUACUUAAUCGGGGAAUCAAAAUUCCGAAACAUCAUUCACCAAUCUCUGAGAUGGUUAUACUACACCAUCUGUUGUCCUAAAGAAAAGCAAAAGAAAAGUUUCGCUAUUACAGAGUCAAUUCGACUAACAGAGGUUAGAUCUACAGACUCUUAAUUGAGGAAGACAUAUUGGUAUGCAUAUCGUUCGAAUAUUAAA